AAACAUUGUUUUGUCCCAAACACAAAUUUCUCUCAACACAUUUCAACAACAUAUAUAUAUCCCCAAAAGCAGCCAUGGAAGAAGAUAAACAAGAAGCUUCAAUGCCACUAGUUCCCAUAGAUAGCUUCUCUUACAGUUGGUUAGUUAAUUUCCCUUCUUUAGAUGAUCAUCACCAUCAAACCUACGAAGACUCUUCUUCUUCUUCUUCUUUCAUCGAGAUGGAUCCAAGAUUGCCUCCUUCAAGAAGAUUCAUCAUCAAGACAUCACAUGAGAGCAGCUUCAAGUUCGACAGCUUCGUCUCUUUCUCCGACGAAGACCACUCCUCUUUAGUUCACGCGGACGAGCUUUUCCGCGACGGCUACGUCGUGCCUUAUCGGUUAAAAGCCACGUCGUCCUCAGCGGCUACCGAGGAAGAAUCUGAGCCGUUGGAUACAACAACAACAACAACCACGGGGAAGAUCGAGACACGUGGCGUUAAGAGCAAGUCUUCUUGUAGAAAGCUGAGGAGAGUGUCUAAAUGGGUCUUGUUGAAGUAUCUUGAUUUCUUGACGCCAUUGUGUAGAAGAUUAAGGAGAUGCAGAUCCGCUGGACCAAACAUCGGUAUGGAUUCGAGGAUUCGUGUAACGACGUCGUCUAGGAGCAGAGUUUAUUCUUCUGAUGAGACGACGUCGUCGCCGAGAAUAAGUGUAGCCGAUGACUAUAACUGGAGAAGGUCUUGUGACUCCGAGAGCUCUAUAUACGAAGCUGUUCUUCAUUGCAAGAAAUCAUUCGAGAGAUGAGAAGAGAAUACAUGGAAGAGAGGAGCUGGUAGAGGAAUAUUAAGCUUAAUUUGCAAUAACACGUUAACACAUGGAGUGGGAGAGGGAGAGAGCAACUUGUGAUGUGUCUUUUUGUUGUUUCUCUUUCUUGAAUUAAAGAGAUUGAUGUGAGUGAUCCAUGUGAAUGUGUCAUCUGAUGUGGAUCAAGAAUGUUUUUGUUUUUUUACAUGAGUGGGCACAUUUAUAGAAAUAUAAAAUAUAUAUAUAUGGGGCUGCAAGCAGAAUCAAGAAAAUAUUUUCAGAUUUUCUUGGCUAUUUUUUUUUCUCCAUAUAUUUGAGAAUUGAGGAGUCAUGUAAGUUAAAUAGUUUCUUUACCCAUGUUUACUUUUUUUUUUUUUUUUUUUCUUGGGUCCAAUUGUGUGUGUUUUGAAUAUUCUUACUUUUUGUGCAAUUUUUGUCUUUUCUUGUCUUAGAGGAUCAU